AUGUCUGGUGCUUCUGAUCUAGAGAAUCAGAACAGAGAGACCGAACUUCUCUUCUGGCGGACGCAGUGCGACGAUCUACGCGCAGAGCUCAAAACAACAGCACAACAGUCGAACAGCCGGGUGAAACACUUACACGCCACCAUCACCUCAUUACAAGAGAGAGAGGUCCAGACAGCCCAGGUGUGGACAAAUAUACAGCAACAGAUGACGCACGACUCCGCCGUUGCCAUGGCAACGGGGCACGGGCGUCUGCUGAAGGGGCUGUUCGACCUGCGCAACCACUACGCGCGGCCUGCAGGACUGCUGUUGACCAAGGUGGAGACUCUUACUGGUUAUUUGUCCACUAUGGAGCAGGAGCGGGACUUAGCGGCCCAGAGAGAGGCGCAGAUGGAGUAUGAACGGGACACCGAGGUCAGGCGGGUGACCAAUCUCGAGGACAUGAUCACACACCACGAUAACGCUGUGCAUGCGCUGGGAACCGCGCGUGACACGCUGAGUACCGAACUGUCGCAGGCUAGAGAAGCCGAGGCCACAUGUGCGCGCGAGAGAGACCACGAGCGUAUUCGCAGCGACGCCAUGGAACAGACGCUGAGCGAUCGCGAGCAGGACGUGGCGGUGUUGGUAGGUAGACACGAGGAGUUACAACACGAAUUGGACACAGCUCAGCGCAAACUGGCGGAGGAGAAGGAGGGUGCACACACCAGUGAGCGGCAGCUGGCUACACUGGAGGCGUUGCUAGGCAACAGUGAGCAGCUGGCGUGUGACACACAGGCGAAGUGUGACACGCUGCAGAAGGCUCUGGCUGCGUGCGAGACGCGGGCGCACCAGAGUGAGUGUGAACGGGACAGGGCAGAGGACCGCGUGGACGCGCUGGAAAAACAGGUGCAGGGCUGUGAGGAUACGCUGGCGCUGGCCAAGACGCGGGAAACGGCGCUUGUGAAAGAGUUAGAGCGCGCGCGAGAGCGUGUGGAGGAGGGGCGUACAGCGCUGACGGAGAAGGCGCAGGAGCUGUGUAGUAUGGAGACGAAGCACGCGCUGUGUGGCGCGAGACUGGCGGAGUGUGUGGCUAAGGUUGAGGGGGUGCAAACGGAGCUACAGGUGAAGUGUGCGGAGGUGGCUGAGAGUGAGGACAGGGGGGAUGUGCUACGAGAAAAGGUGAGUGCGUUGGAGGAGAUAGUGGACAGUAAAGCGCAGGGCAUGAGCGAUCUGGAAGCGCAGCUGAGAGAGGCGGAGGAGGCCGUGGCAGUGCUGCAGGGGACGAAUGAGCAGCUAGAGAGUACGAAUGAACAACUAAAGAGUGCGAAUGAGCAGCUAGAGGGUACGAAUGAGCAGCUAGAGAGUACGAAUGAGCAGCUAAAGAGUACGAAUGAGCAGCUAGAGGGUACGAAUGAGCAGCUAGAGAGUACGAAUGAGCAGCUAAAGAGUACGACUGCGCAGCUAGAGAGUACGAAUGAGCAGUUAAAGAGUACGAAUGAGAAGCUAGAGGGUACGAGUGAGGAGCUAAAGAGUACGAAUGAGCAGCUAGAGGGUACGAAUGAGCAGCUAGAGAGUACGAAUGAACAGCUAGAGAGUGCGAAUGAGCAGCUAACGAGUACGAAUGAGAAGCUAGAGGGUACGAAUGAGGAGCUAGAGAGUACGAAUGAGCAGCUGAAGAGUACGAAUGGGCAGCUAGAGGGUACGAAUGAGCAGCUAGAGAGUACGAAUGAGCAGCUAGAGGGUACGAAUGAGCAGCUGAAGAAUAAGAAUGAGCAGCUAGAGAGUACGAAUGAGCAGCUAGAGAAUACGAAUGAGCAGCUAGAGAGUACGAAUGUGGAGCUAAAGAGUACGAAUGAGAAGCUAGAGAAUAAGCACGCGGAGCUGCAGAGUAGCUAUGAUCAAUCGCGGAGUAGCGAGGAGCAACUGCAGAGUAGCUACGAAAAGCUGCAGAAUGCGUACGAACACAUCCAAACGCUACAUGAGCAGACAGACAGCGAACUCGCCACUGCACGGGACGAGAUGGUGACACUCACUGGUGUGCUGGACGGCCUGCGUGCGGGUGCGUCAGAGGCUACCAAGGACUACGCCAGGGCCCAAGAGACCAUAGCCACGCACGCAGCUACUAUUGCCGAACUAACCGACCGAGAGAACGGGUUGGUCUCUGAGCUGGCAGACGCCCAGGCGAAGGAGGUGGAGCACACCGCCACCAUCAACACACUGGAAGGCCUGAGCGAGAGGGUCAGUGGACAGCUGGCAGAGGCGCGGGAGAGUGUGCGUGCGCACGUGUGCACUAUUGAGAGGUUGGAAGCACAGGAGAGGGGACUGAGCGAUGAGCUGGCACGUGCGAAAGACGCGGCUACCACAUACGGGGAGGCUAUGGAGAGGCUAGCACAACAGGAAGGGGCUAUAGUGCAGCAGGUGGCAGACGCAAUGGACAAUAUAGCUACACAUGUGAAUGCGAUUGAGAUGUUGGAGGAGCAUGAAAGGGGUCUGUGCACACAGCUGGCAGAGGCACAUGCCACAGUAUCUGCGCAGGUAAGUGCUAUAGAGAUACUGCGAGACGAGGGGAAGGGGUUAAGCACACAGCUGGCAGAGACGCAGGAGACUAUGGAGACGCAUAACGAUACCAUUAACACACACCUGCACACUAUUUCGUCACUGGAGAGAAGUGGAAAAGAUCUGAAAACACAGCUGACAGAGGCGCAGGCGACCAUAGUCACACAAACGGACACUAUUUCGUCACAUAGAGAAGUGGGGAAGAUCUCAAAAAACAGCUGA